AUUGUGCUCGAAAGAGAGUCGUCGUCAGCAUGGAUAACUUGAUACCGAUCGUGAAUAAGCUGCAGGAUGCAUUCACAUCGCUGGGAGUGCACAUGCAAUUGGACUUGCCACAGAUUGCCGUCGUUGGUGGACAGUCUGCGGGCAAGAGUUCCGUUCUAGAGAACUUUGUGGGCAAAGACUUUUUACCUCGAGGUUCGGGAAUUGUGACGCGCAGACCUUUGAUUUUGCAAUUGAUCAAUGGUAUUACCGAAUAUGGUGAAUUUCUGCAUUGUAAGGGUAAAAAGUUCUCCAGCUUUGAUGAGAUACGAAAGGAGAUUGAGGAUGAGACGGAUCGUGUAACGGGUAGCAAUAAGGGCAUCUCAAACAUUCCGAUUAAUUUGCGCGUCUAUUCGCCAUAUGUGCUCAAUUUGACGCUGAUCGAUUUGCCGGGCUUAACGAAGGUGGCAAUUGGUGAUCAGCCCGUGGAUAUUGAGCAGCAGAUUAAGCAAAUGAUAUUCCAAUUUAUACGCAAGGAGACCUGUCUCAUAUUGGCCGUAACGCCGGCCAAUACCGAUUUGGCCAAUUCGGAUGCAUUGAAGCUGGCCAAAGAGGUGGAUCCACAGGGUGUCCGUACCAUUGGUGUGAUCACCAAGCUCGAUCUCAUGGACGAGGGCACCGAUGCUCGUGACAUACUCGAGAAUAAGCUGUUGCCACUGCGGCGCGGUUACAUUGGCGUUGUCAAUCGCUCCCAGAAGGAUAUUGAGGGGCGCAAGGAUAUCCAUCAGGCGCUGGCCGCUGAGCGUAAAUUCUUCCUCAGCCAUCCCUCGUACCGCCACAUGGCCGAUCGCCUGGGCACACCCUAUUUGCAGCGUGUCCUCAAUCAACAGCUCACGAAUCACAUUCGGGACACGUUGCCCGGUCUGCGGGAUAAAUUGCAGAAGCAAAUGCUGACACUGGAGAAGGAGGUCGAGGAGUUUAAGCAUUUCCAGCCCGGCGAUGCCAGCAUCAAGACAAAGGCUAUGCUACAAAUGAUACAACAACUGCAGUCGGACUUUGAGCGCACUAUCGAGGGCAGCGGUUCCGCCUUGGUCAAUACAAAUGAAUUAUCUGGCGGUGCCAAAAUUAAUCGCAUAUUCCACGAGCGUCUACGCUUUGAGAUUGUUAAAAUGGCAUGUGAUGAGAAGGAGCUGCGUCGCGAGAUUUCGUUUGCCAUUCGCAAUAUUCAUGGUAUUCGUGUCGGUCUCUUUACCCCAGACAUGGCCUUUGAGGCGAUUGUAAAGCGUCAAAUAGCGCUGCUCAAGGAGCCGGUGAUCAAGUGUGUGGAUCUAGUCGUACAGGAAUUGUCCGUUGUUGUGCGCAUGUGCACCGAUAAGAUGAAUCGCUAUCCACGUUUGCGUGAGGAAACUGAACGCAUUAUCACCACACAUGUGCGUCAACGGGAGCAGCGUUGCAAGGAGCAAAUCUUGCUAUUGAUUGACUUUGAGCUCGCCUAUAUGAAUACCAAUCACGAGGAUUUCAUUGGCUUUGCCAAUGCUCAGAAUAAAUCUGAGAAUGCAAAUAAGACCGGUACCCGACAGCUGGGCAAUCAGGUUAUACGCAAGGGUCACAUGGUCAUACAAAAUUUGGGCAUCAUGAAAGGCGGAUCGCGUCCUUAUUGGUUUGUGCUAACAUCGGAGAGCAUUUCCUGGUACAAGGAUGAGGAUGAAAAGGAGAAGAAAUUCAUGUUGCCGUUGGAUGGUUUGAAAUUGCGCGAUAUUGAACAGGGCUUUAUGUCAAUGUCUAGACGUGUUACAUUUGCUUUAUUCAGUCCCGAUGGACGUAAUGUUUAUAAGGAUUAUAAACAACUGGAGCUGUCAUGCGAAACGGUCGAGGAUGUGGAAUCCUGGAAGGCAUCAUUCCUCCGAGCCGGCGUCUAUCCCGAGAAGCAGGAGACUCAGGAGAAUGGCGAUGAGGAAGGACAAGAGCAAAAAUCGGCUAGCGAGGAGAGCUCGACAGAUCCACAACUGGAGCGUCAAGUGGAGACGAUCCGUAAUCUGGUUGAUUCGUACAUGAAGAUCGUCACAAAGACCACACGGGAUAUGGUGCCGAAGGCCAUUAUGAUGCUCAUCAUCAACAAUGCCAAGGAUUUCAUCAAUGGCGAGCUAUUGGCACAUCUGUAUGCCUCUGGUGAUCAGGCACAAAUGAUGGAAGAAUCCGCCGAGUCGGCAACAAGACGCGAGGAAAUGCUGCGCAUGUACCGCGCCUGCAAGGAUUCAUUGCAAAUUAUCGGUGACGUUUCAAUGGCAACCGUAUCAUCGCCAUUGCCGCCGCCCGUGAAGAACGAUUGGCUACCAAGUGGCUUGGAUCCACAUCUAUCGCCGCCCAGCCCUGGUGGCCCACGAAAGGCAGCACCCACCGCACAGGGCUCUUUGGGUGGCCGUAAUCCACCAUUGCCGCCGGCGACUGGACGUCCAGCGCCAGCAAUACCAAGUCGUCCUGGUGGUGGUGCACCACCGUUGCCAGGUGGACGACCAGGUGGUGCUCUGCCACCACCAUUGCUACCAUCUCGCGUCACUGGAGCUGUCGGCGGAGCGAUAACACAGCAAUCGGGGGCCAAUCGAUACAUCCCGGAGCAGAUGCGGGGACAGGUGAAUCAGGCAGUUGGCAACGCGGCGGUCAAUGAACUCUCCAACGUUUUCGCCACACGAUUCAAUCGACCUGGAAUGAAUGCGCCACCAAAGUUGCCUGAUCGACCCUCGUAUUACGGUAAUACGACCAAUGGACGUCCCUAUUGAGUGAGAGCGAGACAGCACGAUGUCAAAACGAUGAUCCCAUCUACCAUCGAUAUCCGAUAACUAGCGAGAUCCAUCCAAGCGAUAAACAAUCGAUGGAGCAGUACUGACCGUUGGAACUGGAUAUAUAUGUCUAUAUAUAUAUAUUUAUAUAUGAGUAGUAAUGGGUUAAUUGAUCACUGUAAAACUCAAUUUGUAUUAUUAUGUAUGUGUAUUGUUAAUUGGCAGUUGCCAAAUGUAUGUAUGUGUGUGUGUCUGUCAGACUUUCUGACUGUGUGUGUGUAUGUCUUUUUUGUAUUUUUUUUUUUAAUUUUUACAUAUUUUGCAAAGUGUACUAAAGUGUGUAGAACACUUUCGACUGGUCCUUAGAAAUGCUAGACAUAUCAUAGCCUUAGCGUAGUUGAUUAAUCACACACACACACACACUUACCUAUACACACACACGCACGCACACACACACACAUAUAUGAAAUUGCCGUUUCAACAUAUACAUACAUUUGUAAUUAAAACUAAAUAGCUAGAGAACGAUAGUGUUAUACGACUAAGUGAAUGUGAAAGCAGCCUCAACUGUCAUACAGUCAUACAGUUAUAAAAAAAAAAGAAAACAAAACAGUUAUACAGUAUAUACUAGAUACCGUUAAACACAGUCAUACACAACAGUGCGUUUCCAGCUGGGCUACAAAUAUAAUAAUAGAAAUAUUGUUAAACAAA